CGAUAGUCACUUUAAUGGGGGGGGGGGGGGAAUGGUGCGCAGAGCAGAGCCCUAAAAAACACAUCUUUAAUUAUUUACAGUCUGGACUAGUUCAGCUGCUCCCUUAUGUACGUAAUGUCUGUCCACAACACUGGGAUGCAUUCAUUAUACUAAAAUUCAUAUUCAGGGGUUAAUAGGUAACAUUUCAAACUUCCAGCUAAAUCCAUUCUUUCCGUUGUUUCGAGCUUUCUCAGGGAAUGUGGAAGAAAUUCAAGAAAGAUUGACGACAAAUAGCGUGCCAUACUUUUCAUCUUGACAUCCUUUUUUUAAUCGUGUUUUCACUUUCUUUAUUGAUCAUAAAGGUAUUACAGAAGGAUUUUGCAAACAUAAAAAACGUGGGGAAAAUGGGUGUUCAUUAUCUGCACAAAUUGAGUGCUGAAUGUAUACCAAAAGAUUUGAUAGAGAAGGGGCAAAAGCGUGUUAUAGAGGCGUCUCUCACGCUUAUCCGUGAGCGGGCAAAGCUAAAGGGAGAACUUCUCCGCGCUCUAGGGGGAGUAGUAGCAUCGCAAACUCUUAUAGGGGUUCCUUUGGGACAUAACUCUUCAUUUCUUCAAGGGCCUGCAUUUGCUCCUCCCCGCAUUCGAGAGGCUAUAUGGUGUGGCAGCACAAACUCUACAACUGAAGAAGGCAAAGACUUGAGUGAUCCGCGCAUCUUGACUGAUGCUGGCGAUGUGCCGGCACAAGAGUUACGAGACUGUGGGGUAGACGAUGAUGGAUUAAUGGAUAUUAUCAGUAAAUAUGUCAAGCUAAUGAUGGAUGAGGUUCCGAUGUGCCCCUAAGUCUUGGGGGGCGAUCACUCAAUAUCAUAUCCUGUUGUGAGAGCUGUGUCUGAGAAGCUGGGAGGACAAGUAGAUAUCCUUCACUUGGAUGCUCACCCUGAUAACUACCAUGCCUUUGAAGGAAACAAAUACUCGCAUGCCUCUAGUUUUGCUAGAAUAAUGGAAGGUGGUUAUGCCAGGCGGCUCUUUCAAUUUGGGAUUAGAUCAAUCUCAAAGGAAGGCCGUGAACAAGCGAAAAAAUUUGGCACUGAGCUAUAUGAAAUGAGGACAUUUUCCAGAGACCACCAAUAUCUAGAAAACCUGAAACUAGGUGAGGGAGUGAAGGGUGUGUAUGUGUCUGUUGAUAUAGACUCUCUUGACCCUGCAUUUGCUCCGGGUGUAUCUCACAUAGAGCCAGGUGGUCUCUCUUUCCGAGACAUCCUCAACAUACUCUACAAUCUUCAAGGUGACAUUGUGGGUGCUGAUGCCGUUGAAUUCAACCCACAACGUGACACUGUUGAUGGGAUGACCGCUAUGGUUGCUGCAAAACUAGUUAGAGAACUGGCUGCUAAGAUAUCGAAGUGACACAAGUAACAAUCUACCCUUUUGCUAGUUGCUAGUAUUUAGUUUAUGCUUUUAGUCUAAUAAUAAUGGCCAUUAUUUAGUUUCCAACAAACUCAUUGUCAGUUUAACUUUCAGGGUACACUCGAUUUAGUGCACUUUUGGCCUAUGCGAUGAAUAAAACGUACUGUAGCUCUAGCUUCUUCAUUUGAAUUUAGCCUUUGUUUGGCCGGGAAGAAUUACUAGUGAAAAUGCAUUCCUUGAUUUCCUUCUCAACUUUUAUUCUUUCAUUCUCCAUUUCUCUCAUACCAAACAACACACAAAAUUUGUCUAUUUCUCUCUUCUACAUAUCUGCCCCUCAUUUUUUCUCAUCUCUAUGUUUAUGAUGCAUAUUACUUGCUAAAGUAUUUCAAAGAUUUCUGUAAAAAAAAAAGGUA